AUGAGUCUUCGGAUAAAUGAUUUAUUUGAUAAAGAACGUAUACCAUCAGCACAUUAUCAAAAGUGGUUAUUUUAUAUUUAUUUACCCAUUGGAUUUAUAAUAUUUUUUCUGAGAUUGGGUCUUGGAAUUCAAAUGUUUCUUAUUGCUUGUAUAUUAAGAAAAAAUUAUGUUAUUCGUUCAGCCAUUCUUAGAAUAUAUGCUAUGCUAAUGGGGAUUGUUAUUGUAAAUAAGGGGCCUGUAGAACAUUGGGACAAUAAAACAAGAUUGAUGGUUGCUAAUCAUAUAACAGCAAUAGAUCAUUUUGCAAUUGAAUUAUCUCAAUCAUGUACUUUACCUUCAAUAUGGGAUAUUCCAAACUUUUUAAGGUGGACAUUAGGAUAUGUUGAUCUUGGAGCAAAAAAAGGAAGAGAAGAAUUUGUAAAACAAGUUAAAGCAUAUUUGGCACAUAAACAUGAAGAAUGUAAUGCUUCAGAUACAUCAUUACCAUUGUUAUCCUUUCCAGAAGGAUGUAUUACAAAUGGAAAUAAGGGAUUAUUAAAAUUUAGUUCAUGGCCAUUUGAAGUAGCAGAAACAAUUCAACCUAUUGCUUUAACUAUGCAUCGACCAAUUUUUUCUGAAUUAAAGUCAACUGUUAUUGGAUCUCCAUGGUGGGAGGAUGUAUUAUUUUUUAUGUUAUUACCAGUUUCUAUAAUUCAUAUAAAUUGGUUGUCACCCAUGCAUAAGAAACCUGACGAAACUAGUGAGGAGUUUGCAGAUAGGUGCUCUUCUGUUUUAUCAGCUUAUCUUGAGAUAGAAAAAACAUCAUUUACAUCAUCUGAUGUUAAUGAAGCUUUACGUAGAAUAUUUAGAGAAUCAAGAAACAACAAAGCAAUGGCAUCAGGAAAAAUAGCAAAAAAUAAUGUUACAGAGGCUAAUUUAAAUAGUUGGGCACUUAAGAUCAAACAAGCUCAUCCUAAAAUUCAUUUAUCAGUUUUGAAAGAUAAUUUGCGUGUGACUAAAGAUCCAGGUGAAACAAUUAAUAUUAUUAUGAAGGGUGGCUUAAUUUCUGAAUCAAAGGAGGCAUAUGCUAACAGUAAAACAUUGUCAGAGAAACUAUUGAAAAUGCCAAAAGAUGUUAGGAGAUUAUUAGAAGAUCGUAAAUGGGAUUUAAUUGAAAGAAAUAGAAAAAGUUAUCUUGAUAAGUCAAGGAAAUUGAUUAAUAAUCUUAAGCAACAACUUGAAUAG